CAGAACUAUUUUAAAUACAGAUGCGGGUUAUCGUUUUUUGAUAAUGCUAUCUCAAGGUUAGAGUUACCAUACAACGUUUUUUCUUCUUCUUCGAACCAAGUUUUGGCACAUUCAAUCUUUAGUUACAACAACGACUUAUUUGUGGUAAAUCAGAUCCCAAUUACAUCUACACAUCCGGCACAAUGUCUUCAACAAAUCACGUAUUUAUUGGCUCCAUAAUCCAUUGGACAUCUAUGGAUGAAAUGGUUGUGUUAACCGAUGGAUUCGUAGCAGUUGAAAAUGGAAAAAUCAUUCAAGUCGGUAAAAGUGCUGAUCUGCAGGCAUGGAAGUCGACGGUCAAUACGGAUCUACCAGUUACCGAACUAAAACGACAUCAAUUUCUCAUUCCCGGCUUUAUCGAUUGCCACAUUCAUGCAUCACAAGUCCCCAACAUUGGACUUGGUUUGAAUAUGCCGUUGUUAGAAUGGCUAGACGCUUAUACAUUCCCGUUGGAGUCUAAAUACGGAAAUGAGGCAUUCGCUGCCGAUGUCUACGAAAAAGUCGUCAGGAGGACCCUACACUCCGGAACGACAACUGCCUGCUACUUUGCAACCAAUCAUGCAAAUGGCUCAUUUGUAUUAGCCCAAAAGGUAUUAAGUCAUGGACAAAGAGCUUUCGUGGGAAAGGUAUCGUCGAAUUGUUCCUGUCCAGACUACUAUGUGGAGACGACCGAAGGUUCCAUCAAAGGAAAUACUGAAUUUGUGGACCAGGUGCUUUCGUUGAAUAGUGACUUGGUUAAACCGGUAAUAACACCCAGAUUCGCAGUCACGUGUGAUAAGGAAUUAAUGAGCGAAUUGUCGAAGCUAGCUGACAAACAUAAUCUAUUGAUCCAGACGCACAUAUCGGAAAAUGUGGGCGAAAUUGAAUUUGUAGAACAACGUUUCCAGCAGUCCUAUACCAACGUCUACAAAUCAUGCGGCCUGCUAUCAUCCAAGUGCAUCCUAGCUCAUGCAGUACAUUUAAGUGAUGACGAAGUAUCUGUGCUGAGUUCUUGUAAUACAUCAAUCGCCCACUGUCCAGCGUCGAAUACAAACCUAGGUUCUGGUCUGUGCGAUGUCAAACGACUAAUAAAUGCUGGCAUUAAAGUCGGAUUAGGUACCGACAUUUCCGGUGGAAAUGAAGUGUCCAUUUUGAACGCAUGCCGGGAUGCAUUGGCCGUAUCGCAACAUUUAAAGAUUAUAAAAACCCAAGACAUCAAAGGAACAGGAAAAAUGACACCGUCUAGUGGGGUGCAACCAUAUGUACCAUUAGAUUACAAACAAGUGACAUACCUAGCAACGUUGGGUGGAGCAAAAGCUCUAUUUUUGGACGAUAUAACUGGAAAUUUCGAGGUCGGGAAGCGAUUUGACGCACUUCUCAUUGAUACCGCUUCCGAUCCUAUCGAUACGUUUGACGUGAAUCAAUCGGAAACUGGCGAAGCGUAUUUGCUGAAAUGUUUGCAAAAAUUCAUAUACUGCGGGGAUGAUCGGAACAUCGUCAAGGUGUUUGUGGACGGUAAGCAAGUGAAACAUGUUUGAUGUUUUUGUAUCGUCGAAAUCGGGACCGUCAUGUUGUUUGAAGCAAUAAAGGAAAAAAAGGACGAAAA